ACUAUAGUGGUAGUGUUAUAUUGGAUGGAAACCCACACACAUUCUUAUUCCUGCCUGUUGUUAAGAUGCGGUGCGUAUUGCUGACUGUCUGGGAACAUCAGGUUUUGUAGACACUGCCAGUAACCCAUGACUGGUAUAUCAAACACUGUGGUAUGUGCUGACCUGUCUGCUACUAAUUGACACCUGAAGAUGUUUCCUAAAGAUGUGAUGCUUCAAGGAACCAACAGUAGAAAAUGUCCUUAAAAACAAGAAAUCAAGUGACGUCAGGUGUAAUGACGAUGUCACACAGGGUCCAUUAAGCAUCAGUGAUGUUAAAAUGUCUGAUCUCAUUUCUGCAGCCAAGAAUGGUUACAGUAGACAUGUGGAGACCUUCCUAGAGUCUGGCAGUUCCGUGAACGUCACUGACAAGGACAACGCCACAGCUCUGUACUGGGCUGCGUGCCUCGGACAUCAGCAAAUCUGCGAAACGCUGCUGAAGGCGCGGUGUAAUGUGAAUGCGCAGGUCAAGUGGGGGUCAACUGCACUGCAUGCCGCUUGUGACAGAGGGCAUGCUGACUGCGUCAGGUUGCUCAUUAACUGGAAAGCACAGCUUGACAUACAGAACAAGAGAGGGGAUACUCCACUCCAUCUUGGUGCAUACCGAGGAUUCCUAGAUAUCGUUGACAUUUUGUUGAAGGCUUGUGCUGACCCGUUAAUCAAAAACAGCUCAAGCAAAACACCACUGCAGGAGGCUUUGUCUAGAGGUCAUACACAGAUUGCAAAUCUCCUUAACAAAUACACUAAUGAUUUUCAGCAGUUCUCAUCACUUCCCGAAAUAAAGCCAUCUUCUGGGUUAGUGGACUCGACCAGUCAUUCACCAUUAACCUCCUGGCCUCAGUGUUGUAAAUCAGUGGAUAGCUCUUUCGUUCCUAAUAUAUAUGUUGGCUCAAAUGACAUUCACAGUUCCGUGCUUCAGAAAAACACAGCUAUUACCAAACAGGACCGAAAUCGACACCCCGUCAACAGUCCAAAUCCUUUAAGCUGUGUCUGUGAUAACUAUGGUAAAAUAAUGGAGCAACAAGAAAGUUUUGAGGACGAAAGUGUUGUGCACAAUGGUAACGUUUCCAAUAAAGAAAAUCUUGAUGAAGUAGAUGGACCUGUUUUACGGAGCUCUGUUGUAGAUAGGUCUAAUGGAAUACCGUCUACUCUCUAUCCCUUGGCAGGUUGUGGUUAUUCAUACAAUAAUGAGUCUCUGUCAGUACCUUUGGCUUUCCAUCAAGGUUUGGACUCGCAACAGAUUCAGAUCAGACCCUCAGACAUGAUGGUCACCCAUAACCAUCCGGUUCCUCAGAGAACAAUAAAUCAGUCUAGUGAAGCUAUUGAAAAUUACGCCGAGAGUCUUCAGCUGGAACUGGUUAAAUACCACGAAAUUGUUACCAAUAUUGAAAAGGAAAAAUGUAAACUGGAACACCAGAUCUCAGAGCUGAUUCAUUUGUUACAAAUGAAGGAGAAGGAAAUUCAAAAUGUGAAGCAACUCUUGAUGAAGGAAAGGUUGCUACGGCAACAGCAGUAUCGUAAGCAUAUACAGAAUGAGGAACAGAGACAGCAGCUGUCGCUCGCUGUGAUGAGUCGAGGUCAGACUAGUGUCGGAGGAAAUGGUGUCACGCAUGAACAUCUGAGGAAAUUUGUUAACCUAUUGUAUCAAAAUAGCAAUCGGUGUGAUACGGGCAAAAUGGUCGCUUCACUGCAAAUGCAGUUGAAGGAACUGUGGAUGAAUUCUGGUGCUAACGUAAAGCUGGAUGCAGACAAUGAAGAAUGGAUUAUGGGAAAAGAUUACGAGUUGAUCUGUGAUCAUCCCAUCAAUCAAAUAUCGGAAGGGAUUCGCAAUGGUUCCUGCUCAUUAAUAUUUCAAAUAAAGAGACGUGGAAAGCCAUAUAUUCUAAAGAUGAUGAUCAACCUAAUAAACAUGGACUUUGACCAGCACAGUGAUGGCUACAGCCUGGACGGUCACCUGAUACGCAACUUCGGCAUGGAGUACCACGUUCCUCUCCUCCUCGACAAAUACCCGAACAUCAUCAAGGUCCUUCAUCACUACCAGGGCUCGACGGAGAACUUCCUUCAGUUCCAGAACCUUCUGAUACCACACAACCUGGAUGUUCCAAUCGAGAUGGCUCGACGCACCACGUUCAUUGUCAUGGAGACAUUCCCUCAGACUUUGCAGUCGUUCAUGGUGACCCAGCGGACCGCGUGUCCGGAGCCAAGUUUCGGUCUUCCUGACUUGUUUCUGCUGAAUCUGCUGUACCAGUUGUUGGAGGUGUUGUGUGUUUUACAAGACAUGCGGAUAGUGCACCGGGACAUCAAGGGAGAUAAUGUGUUUCUUGAUAAGUGUCUCAGGCCCGUGUUGGGUGAUUUUGGUUUUGCGCGGUCGUUACGGAACCGUGAUGGCGGCAACUUGCCCUUCUCGGACCAUUCCCAGGCCUGUGCUGGCAAUGCUCAUGCGUGGGCGCCAGAAGUGUCUCGGUUCAAUAGAACUCUUCCAGGAUCUUUACCUUACUCAGUUUCAUUGGACCAGAUUUAUUUGAAAUCCGACAUAUUUGCUGUGGGGCGAAUGUUCUACGCUUUAUUAUCUCCUGUGAUUGAUGACAAUUCCUUCCCACAUUCCUCUGUUGACCAGCCUCACUAUGAGGAAUCUGCAAUCCCGGAACUUCCAUCGGUGUUAGGUGUGGGGUUGAGGUACAUCUUGAAACAGAUGGUGCUGGAUGAGCCGGAGAAUAGACCAACACCAAGACAGGCAUUGCUGAGAGUUGGAAUGCUCAUAAUCAAUCCAGCUGGAGAAGAACUUUUAUCUAGUGAUGACGUGGUGCCAUAUUGUCAAGCCCGAAUGCUUAAACUUCUAGCGUUAUGUCCAUGGAAGUCAAGUGUUCCCGAGAAUGUAUUGACAAUAGAUGAGAGUGUUCGCUGGAUCAGUCCAGAGACAGAAGCCAGCUUCUUUGUGAAUAUAUCACCAACGGAAUUCUGGGACACUUUAGUUGACCUUCGACGAGCAAAUCUGUUGCCAAAAGCAGAAGGUGAAAGAAUAUUGGAAAAUGAUUAAACAUGAAUAGAUAGCUUUUAGGAGCUUUUAGAUUGUAUGCUAGUCAAAAAGGUUUUAGAGAACACCAGAAUUUGUACACCAUGACUUUGUGUGAAUACGAGACUGGGUGACAUUUUACAGCAAUCAAAGUCAGCUUGCUAGCUCAUGUAAGGGUCAAGAACUGUGAAGAUAAACCUUGACAGUAACGUAUAUCAAGGAUGCAAACAUGAAAUCACUUCGGAUGUAGACACAUUUUGGAUGUAAACACAUUUCAGUAUAAACCCAUAGAAGUAAUUGUGAGCAUUUUACUUUGCUUUAUUAUGGCUACUUCAGCACUUAAUAAGAUACAGAAACAUGACAGGUUUGUUGUCAGUGUCAAAGAGCUGUCAGUGUCAAAUAACUGGUGUCAGUUCGAGUCAGUUCAGAUAGACAUAGUCUGUGGUAGAGAGCUGGUGUCAGAAUCUGGGAGCUGGUGUCAAAAUCAGGAACAUGAUGUCAAUGUCAUAUAGAUGAUGUUAAUGUCAGACAGAUGAUGUUAAUGUCAGAGAGCUGGUUUCAGUGUCAGUGUCAUGCAGUUAAUGUCAGCAUCAGAGAGCUGAUAUCAGUUUUGGGGAGCUGAUAUCAGUGUCAUAGAGCUGGUGUCAGUGUCAGAGAGCUGGUGUCAGUGUCAGAGAGCUAAUAUCAGUGUCAGAGAGCUGUUGUCAGUGUCAGAGAGCUGGUGUCAGUGUCAGAGAGCUGGUGUCAGUGUCAGAGAGCUGAUAUCAGUGCCACAGAGCUGGUGUCAGUGUCAGAGCUGAUGUCAGUGUCAGAGAGUUAGUUGAUGUCAGUGUCAGAGAGUUGAUAUCAGUGUUAGAGAGCUGAUGUCAAUGUCAGAGAGUUGAUGUCAGUGUUAGAGAGCUGGUGUCAGUGUCAGAGAGCUGAUGUCAAUGUCAGAGCAUUGAUGUCAGUGUCAGAGAGUUGAUGUCAGUGUCAGAGAACCAUUGUCUGUAUCGAAGAACUUUUAAUUUAAUAUCAUAAAGCAGAUUCAGAGAAAUGUCAGCGGCAAGGAUCAGGUUUAAUUCUUUUUCCCAUGUGAAUACAUGGAUGAGACUAUUAGCCUACACACAGUGCUUCUCUUGGAGAAUGUGUUCUUGAACAGUUCUUCAAGACAUUAAUGCCAAACUACAAUAAGCCAGUGUUGUGAAAGACAUAAUGCAUAUAUAAUCCUUUCUUUUUUUAACUGCUAUUGGUAGGCAAAAUAUAUACCUAUUUGGUGGUCAAGCUGACAUGUUAAAUUAUCAUUUAUUGUGUUUACUAAAUUGUUUUGAUCAGUGUGUUAAAUUUGAGAGAAUACAUACUUAUAUUCUAUUGGUUUUUUAAAAUUUAGUUUCUGUGAUACUAUUAACUAGACACCAAUUCUUGAUUGUCUGCAACAUGUAUAUUAUGAUAAGCAAAUGGACCCUUGUGAUAUGUUAUACCAAGGUUAGUUAAUAGGAAGACAUUGCAUGUAGAUGAAACUGUGCCAUAUAUUUAUGGUAUUACGAAGUAUUUGCACUAUGCAUUGUUGACAUUAUAACAUUGAAAAAGAAAAUUGGGAAAAAUUUUAUGGCAAGCGCUUGUAUACCAAAUAUGUUUAAUAAGAAACAUAUUCUACUUGUUAAAAAAAUAAAUAUGGAUAAAAUGUUGGGGUCCUCUUAAAACAUUGUAUGUGUAAAUCUUAGCUUGAAAUAGUUUUUAAAUUUUAAAAUUUAAAUUGAUAAGAACAGCCAAUUGGUUAUAUGGUAAAGCAUUACACUUUAUAAAAGUAAAAGUUGCAAACUUCAAAAGAUAAUGAAGAUGAAUGGAAGUCCAGGUCUGGAUUUUAAAAGACCUAUGUCAUCACUGGCAUAAAUGAAAAUGUGCUGGUCUCCAAACUUUAAAAAAUAUGUUACUGUUGUCCUUUAUUAAUCAUGUACAUUUCUGUACACAUAGUUACCUGAUACAGUGAUUGAAUACCGAGGUAAUUGAUUACGUUACAGAAAUAUAAUUCAGCUAACGGAGUUAACAAGAUAAAAAUCAUGUGAAGGGACUAUCUCACAUUUUGUUCCCUGAUAGAAUGUACACACCAUUAGAUUAAAGGAAAUUGGGCACAACUCAACAUACCUGGACAAAUGCAUGUACAGUGAAACAUUUCCAAACUGGAUUAUGCUGGGGAUCUAAUAUAUAUCCAAUUCAGACAGGAUUUAGUGUUUAGAGGGUCUAGUUUUAGAAUUUUUUAAAUUCGGGACCAUGAAAUUUGACCAGUUUUGAUAGAAUUCCAGUUUGUUCAGGGUCUGGUUUAGACAGAUGUCACAGUACUAACUGUUAUAGACACUUGGGGGGUGGGGGGUAGGGGGUAUUUGGUCAGCUUGAUCUUUAUAAUCAUGAUAUAAAUGACAUUUGUAUCAGUUUUUGUUGUAUCUGUAAGCAGAAGUUUUGUUGUAUUUGUAAUCAAGAGCAUGUAGUUAAAUUUAUGGUCAACUUGUUAUAAAAAAUAUUUCAGUUAAUUUCUGGUUGUGAAAUAGGCACCUGUAUGAAUUGUGAUAAAGAGACUAAUUGUUUUUUAAACAGUAUGUUUUCCUUUUAAGUGAUACAAUAUUCCUUCUGUUCCAGUAUUUGGCAUCUAAAUGGCACAACUUCCAAGAUGCAUCAAAAUCUUCAUCUGACUCUCUUUUUCGGAAAUGUUAUUUUAGACUUAUUUCUUUGUUUUUAUCUCUUUAAUGAAGUCAAGACAAGUUCAAGUAUUGUUUAGGCUUAUCUAUAAUCUAUAGAAAUACUUUGAUCUUCAAGUUUUGUGAAUCAAAUAUCUAACACAGGUGUCACAGGCCUUUUGCAUUAAACCCUCAAAUGGGUUUUUAAGUGUGGUUGGAUAAACAGUUAAAUAUACGAAGGAAGUGUUUUUUUGUUAGAACCUAGGUAUUUCAUUCAAACAUAAAAUGAUAUUUCCAUAUAUUAUUAAACACAGAGGUAUAAAUAACAAAGGUAUAAAGACCAAAUCAUGACUGCAUGCUUAUCAACUCUUCUUAUAAGCCAGCUGUGAAGUGAGGUCAAGAUACCUGAUAAAUGUAUUGAAUCCAUGUUAUAAAACACCUAAAACGUUCCGCUUGGUCACCCAUGUUCUAUAAGAGUCCUUAGAUAAGCUUUAUGAGAAUUUUCUUGACUUCUAGCCAUUAUGGUACAUGACAGGAGGAUCAGCAGGUAAUAUAUGGGCAGUCAUCUGGUGCUCAGUGGGUUGUAUAUCAGCAUCAACAGGUGACACAUCACUCAUCUGGCCUCACCCGCCAUGGAAUUGUGGACUGGGGAUGCCAGAAGAUGGAUCCAUGGUGGGCAUGCCUGAACCAUUUUUGGAUAGGGGCACAAGAAAAUAGUUCCGAUCCGAUCUGGCCUCAGUGGUGUAGUGGUUAAACCAAUGGACUACAGGCUGGUAGGUAUAGGGUUCGCAGCCCAGUACCGGCUCCAACCCAGAGUGAGUUCUUACGGGCUCAGUGGGUAGGUGUAAGGCCUC